GUUGUGUCUCGGUGUUAGCUUGACGGUUGUUCCAGCUGGAGGAACAGAGAGAGGGAAUCUGUCGUUGUGUUUCUGGUCGAGUCCAGUUCCCCUCAGUCACGAAACAUGACGGCGAGGAAGUCUGGAUCACGACUGGAGACCGAGAUAGAGCGCUGUCGCUCGGAGGGUCAGUGGGACAAGAUACCGGAGCUGGUUCGGCAGCUGUCGGCGAAACUUAUAUCCAACGAUGACUUAGGUGAGUUGCUGUUGGGAGAAUCCAAGCUCCAGAUGUACUUGAAGGAAAAUCCCAUCAAACAGGGUUCGAGCCCCCGAGGCCCACGGCCCAAACUGGCGGAGGUGAGGAAGCACCUCACUGCUGCUCUGGACCGAGGAAACCUCAAGGCUGAUUACCUCCAGGAAGCCAGCCUACUGAUGGCCAAAAUCUGUUACAUAGAGGGCGAAUACAAAGAUGCUUUAGGUCACUACAGCCGGGUGAACCUGGAUGACAUGCAGCUGGUCGGAGCUCCUGUGUACAGGCUGUCCAUGAUAGCAGAGGCCUACGCCACCAAAGGCUUGUGUCUAGAGAAGAUCCCGGCUUCAUCUCCGUCUCUGUCAAACAAGAACUCCGGCUCUCCGUCGCCCAAUCGGAGCCCAGGAGAUCGGGAGCAGGAAAUCAUCACCUGCUAUGAAAAGACCGGAGACAUUGCUUUGCUCUACCUGCAGGAAGCGGAGAAGGCAUUAUCAGCAGGUAUUCAGAACCGCAGUCCAAAGCCAGGACCAACAGCUCAGGAUCUGGAACUGGGCUACUUCCUGGAGACAGGCCUGCAGAGGGCCCAUGUCAUCCACUUCAAGAACGGAAACCUGACCCAAGGUGUGGGCAGGUUCCGGCAGAUUCUUCGAGCUAUUGAAACCAGAACCACCCAGAAUCUUCGCAUGACGAUAGCCCGGCAGCUUGCAGAGAUCCUGCUCCGAGGAAUGUGUGAACAGAGCUACUGGUCUCCUCUGGAAGAUCCUCCAACAGUGUCACCUCUGGAUAAUCCUACAAAGCAAGGCCAUACCUACAGCAAGAACUACACCCUGAGCCGACGCCCACGAGUGUACUCGGGAGAAAAUCUGUUUUGUCCUCAGGAGAACACAGAGGAAGCUCUGCUGCUGCUGCUGAUCAGUGAGUCCAUGGCCAACCGGGACGCCGUCUUGAGCAGGAUCCCCGAGCACAACAACGAUCGGAUCAUCAGCCUACAGUCUGCCUCUGUGGUGUACGAUCUGCUGACCAUAGCUCUGGGCAGGAGGGGGCAGUAUGAGAUGCUGUCAGAGUGUUUGGAGAGAGCCAUGAAGUUCGCCUUCGAGGAGUUCCAUUUGUGGUACCAGCUCGCCUUGUCACUAAUGGCUGCGGGCAAAUCAGCUCGUGCUGUCAAGGUUCUUAAAGAGUGCAUCCGCCUGAAGCCUGAUGACCCCACCAUCCCACUGCUGGCUGUUAAACUGUGCAUUGGUCCUCUGCACUGGUUAGAUGAAGGGGAGAAGUUUGCAAAGAUGGUGAUUGAGAUGGGAGAGAAAGCAACUGAAUUCAGAGCCAAAGGCUACUUGGCCAUCGGUCUGGUUUACAGCCUCAAAGCCACUGAUGCAUCGCUGCGGAGCACACAGGAGGAGUACCAGAGGAAAGCCUUGGGGGCCUUUCAGAGAGCUCAGAGUCUGUCUCCCACUGACCAUCUGGCAGCUUUUUAUUUGGCGCUGCAGCUUGCCGUUUCCAGACAGAUCCCCGAGGCAUUAGGAUAUGUUCGACAGGCGCUGCAGCUCCAAGGAGAUGACGUCCACUCCCUCCACUUGCUGGCCCUGCUCCUCUCUGCCCAGAAACACUACCAUGAUGGUCUUAAUAUCAUAGAGAUGGCCCUGUCCGAGUACCCUGAGAACUUCAAUCUGCUGUAUACAAAGGUGAAGCUGGAGGCAAUGUGCAGAGGACCAGAAGAAGCUCUGCUCACCUGUAAACACAUGCUGCAGAUCUGGAAGAGCUUUUACAACCUCACUAAUCCCAGUGAUUCGGGGCGUGGCAGCAGCCUGUUGGACAGAGCCAUAGCAGACAGACGACAGCUCAACGCCAUGACGCUGCCUGACUUCAGUGACCCUGACACUGUCUCAGGUUCUUCCUCUUCCCUCUCUGGUUUUGAACCAGUCUCUCCCACCUCCCCAUCUACAAUGUCCACCCUCUCCUCCCCGCUGUCCUCCCCUUCGUCGCCUCUCUACAUUUUCCAACCUCCCCUCCUUCUCGCUCCAGCCAGAAACCAAUCCGGUCUCCCUCCUCUGCCUGCUCCUCCCCUCUCCCGUCCCCGUCCUCUUCCUCCACCCACCAAGAUCAGGAUUCACUCGUUUUGCAACCACGUCGUUCUCCGACAGCUUUCCAAUUGCGGCCCUCAGGACGUUAACACUCUUGGUUUUUCCUCCAUGUUUUCUGUUUGUUCGGUGCACGCUACGUCUAUAGCAGCCAGCCGGGUGGAGCAGGCUCUGUCGGAGGUGGCCUCUUCUCUGCAGAGCAGUGCUCCCAAACACGGACCCCUACACCCAUGGAUGACCCUGGCUCAGAUCUGGCUACAUGCAGCCGAGGUGUACAUCGGCAUGUCGAAACCUGCUGAGGCCACGGCUUGCACCCAAGAGGCUGCCAACCUCUUCCCCACCUCCCACAACGUGCUGUACAUGAGGGGGCAAAUAGCCGAGCUGAGGGGCAACAUUGAUGAAGCCAAACGAUGGUACGAAGAAGCCUUGUCCAUCAACCCGACGCAUGUCAAAACCAUGCAGAGACUGGGUCUGAUUCUGUACCAGCUGCAGCGCUACAGUCUAUCUGAGAAAGUCCUGAGGGAUGCUGUGCAGGUCAACAGCACGGCUCAUGACGUGUGGAACAGUCUGGGCGAGGUGUUGCAGGCGCAGGGGAACGCCGCUGCCGCCACCGAGUGCUUCCUCACUGCCUUGGAGCUGGAGGCCAGUAGCCCCAUCCUGCCAUUCACCAUCAUUCCCCGAGCGCUAUGAGACGCAACGCAAUCACAAACCAGGGAUUUCCAACCUGCUCCAUGAACAAACGACUGCAUGUAAACAGCUGUGCAGCCAUUUCUCACACCUUGUAUAUAAUGCAAAUAACAGUAUUUUCCUCUGCUGUGUGUGUGUUGGUCCUGAAACAUCUGUUGUUUCAAUCUGUGCAUUCACCUCUGUGUAUGCGUGCCAACACGUUUCCUGCAUCUUGUCCAUGCGCCUUUGUUGUAAAUACAAUGUUUGCAUUCAAAAGCCUAAGAUUUUGUUUACACUUUAUUUAGUCCAAAGAAACACACAGGUUUGUUCAAAAUCAGAUUAAUGCCAGGAAGAUAGUUUUAUUUAUGUUUGCUUUAAGAGCCAAACGUGUUGCUAAAACAACACAUUCACCUGUUGCUGUUAAACCAGAGCGGAUUUUUGUUACCGUACGGCUGGAUAAUCCACUGGAGACAUGAUCAUAAGAUCAAUCAGUCAAUAAAUGCCAAAAAACAUGGAUGAAUUCACACAGAGAAUCGGAUGUUUUAUUUCUUUGUGGCAAUUUUAUCAAAAUGAAGCAUGCUUUGUUAUUUAGUUUACAGAUUAUCCUCAUAUGCACAGAAAGGAACUGUUACUGAUAAACAGAAAGGUUUUUACAGGAAUCUGUUACAGAAAUCCGGUUUUCUGUGUAAAUGCAUCCACCUUGUUUGUGUCUUCACAUCCUGUCAUCCUGCCGGGUUAUUUUUAUUUUUUUAGAUUGUUGUGAUUAUAAAUACAAAUACAAAGAGUGAUUGCUGUAUAUUGGAUCGACCCUCGUGUUUUACUAUAUCAGAGAGUAAAUUAUGAUUAUGCACAGUGAGAAGAUGAACGGGUUCAGUUUAAUUAGUCAUUGAGUAGUUUUUGCUGUAAAUCAGUGACUGAAAUUAUAAUAAUAAAUAUCCUCAGUAAACAAAG